UAUUGUGCACUCUAAAUCUCUUUGUUUCUCUCUUUUUAUUUCUUUUUAUUUUUCAACCCACCCCAGUCCGCAUUGACUCGUGAAAAGACGAAUCAAUCAGCCGUAGGCUAGCCAUUUUUCUGACCAAUUUUCUCUAUCACUUUCUUUCUCUCUUUCUCUCUCUCUCUCUCUCUCUUUUUUUUGCCACACAUCACUGUCUGGAAUCAAUCUCUCUUGUAUCUGACUCGUUGUGUAUUUGCUUACUGCAGGCGACGGCUGUUUCUACAUCGGCAUGGGAGGUAAAAGCGCGAAACCCAAGAUUCCCUCCUAUGAGCCCUACCAGUGCUGUCCUGCCAAGGUCGCCCACGGCACCAAGGUCGCCAAGGUCACGAAAGUCGGCCCGGUGACCAAGGACAAGGGCAAAGUACAUGAGAGGUCCGAAAAGCUGGCGCUACCCGGCCUGAAGCCGAUUAACAAGCUCACCGCGAAGGACAGCAAAAAGACUGCCACGGUGUCAUCGAGGGUUAGCAAACCGAGCGACCAGAAGGCCAAGAAGGGAUUCUUCGGAAGCGUUGUGGCCGGGCUUCCGUACAUCAUGAAAGUCUAGAGAACGAGAGCAGGCAAGGAAGCACGGGGUGGAGGUGAAGGACGAAAUUGGAUCACAGAAUGAGAGAGAGAAAGAAAGAGAGAGAGAGAGAGAGACAGACAGACAUAAAAAGAAGACACAGAGGGAAUACGACGAGAUACUGAAAUGGAAGAGAAGAAGAAACGAAGACACUAAGACACUACAGAAGAAAUGUAGAUUUUGUAAAAUAGAUUACGAGAGAGUUUCGUUCAUCGAGCAAACUUGUUCCUGAAACUAUUUUUAUCGUCAUUUCGAUUUGUCAUCGAUAUCUCGCAAGCAUCAUCAUCAUCGACGUAAUCACCUGUCUCCUCCACGUUCAUCAUCACACGAACAAAAUAUCACAAAAUCUCGUUGCGUAUCCAUAAGUUGAUCAUCGAAUGAAUCAUGCGCCCCUCUCCUUAUCUGUUACCCCCGAGACACACCCCCUCCCACUCCCCUUCAUAUUUUCCAAGCACUCACGUCCCCUCCUCCCUCCUCUCCCUCGAACGAUCGUUCUUAUAAAACUUUUUAUAAAAAUGUGUUUGUUGAAAAACAAAAACACAGCGAAUAUACAUGGAGCAACGAACUCGAACAACAUUAUCGUCACGUUCAAUUCAAUUCAAGCGUAUCUCAAGUCAAUAUUAUAACAAAGCGCACACGCUUCUCGAGAAACAUAAGACUUUGCACAGUCCGUCACGAGACGAUUUUUAAUGGUCGAUUUAUUGAACCGAUAUGAGAAACCCAUGCGUUCAUCGCGCGAGAACCCGCGUGCGCGUGAAUCAAAGAAUGCCUGAGAAUCGAACAUCGUCCUGCCAAUAAAUUAGUCUUGCGUAUCGUUGUUUUAUUGUCAUAUAUCGUCGUGACGAUGCGAUACCGCCGUCCCAUUGCAUUUUCGAUCGAUAACGCUCGCGAGUGAACGGGAGUUAGGGCUUCUCUGUUUGUCGCGGCAACCGAUCGAUCGUCGACGAUCGAAUGGAAAAUGUGGGCUGUUCGCUGUUUGCCGAACGUCUCUUAUAGUGUUCUACCUAGAUCUCGCGGUAUAGGUUGUAGCGACGGGUACUUUCUUUCGUUGAGUUUUAUUACUUUCUCUCGUUGGUCUUUUAAUCCUGGAAUCCCGAGGACGCUGGAAUAAUUAUCUUCAAAUGAGGAAUAGAGUAUUCAAGAAGUUAUUUUUAUUUUUUAAUUAACCCUCCAGUCAUUACGAUGUUUGAUCAUUUCGGCACGCUUCGCUUUAUUAUAGUCGCAUUUUUAGAAUAUCUCAAUGACAACUAGAAAUAUUUUCUAUUUCCUUCGUCUAUCUUUCUUCAUAUAGAAAAAUGAAAUUACUUUGGACUGGAGGGUUAAGUUCUCUUCGAUUCGCGCGCUAAACCGAACGAAGAUUCGAUCCAUUCGAAGUUCCUCUUCGAGGCGUCGCGUCUUGAUUCCAAGAUUGAAACGACUUGGAUUCUUAACUAUAUAAUUCCUUAAUCGAACAGCAGAUCUCUCCAGAGUAUGUUUAUGUCAAGUGCACCGCGUACUAACGUAGGUUUGUAGCCACGUGCUGAUCAAUCGAUCAAUCUGGAAUAAACGACUACUUUGACCCUCCGCUCGAUCUUUCUUGACUUCAUUCCAGAGACUCGAGAUUACGCUCACGAUUUAUCUCGUUUCAGAUUCUUCGCCUACGCGAAUCUACGCAGAUACUAUCUGCCAGUCGAAUUUACAAAAAUACUUAUGAUUUCCUUUCUCUUGGAUCGCAUCCCCCUAUUCUCCUUUUACUUCCUCUCUCUUUUUUUGUAAUUUACAUCUCGCACAUCUCUAUAGCGAUACAAUGCGAUCUCUAUUUUGUACAUGCACACACACACCAUCAUUUAACAUUUACAUUAAACAUUUGAGAGUCAAAAAAGGCGGGAAAAAUAUGACAAGUCCAUUUUUUUUUUGUAGUUGGAAAGAAGAAUUUAAGAAUAUGCGACAAAUCCACGAUGUUUUAUAAGAAACGUAAACGUUUUAAUUCUGUGUUUUAUACAGACACAUGUUUCAGCUGACCACGCAUUUAAUUCUAUGCAAUAUGACGCGUUAUAUUUCAAAAAAUCUUUUUAAAAAAUUGAUUCAUCAUAUUUUUUAUCCGCAGUCUUUAUGCAAUACAUUGAUGCACGAUGCUUCUUACCUGUACACCAUGAUCGUGGCUGUGACAUAAACAUACCCUCUCUGAAAUAUUCCUCAACAGUAAAACGUCGAGAAACACGUGCGCUUCUUGUUACGCCAGCUAUCACUAAUCGCUUUGAUCGCUUUCUGGGCCGCACGAGCCAGCACUAAAAAGAAAAAAAAAAUAUCAAAAUCACAAAAAACAUAUAUACACAUAGAAAAUAAAAUGAACGACAGUAAAAGAAAAGUCCGAAAAAUACAAAGCACAAAGAAAACACAUGGAAAAUUCUUGUUCUUUUCCUCCCCUUUCGAACUUAACCGGACGAAAGUCAGGGGAAGGAAAAAUCGUAAGAAACACGCUCACCUUUAUUUAUUUAUUUAUUUAUUUAUUUAUUUAUUUAUUUAUUUAUACAAAUGUCUUAUUCUGUUGAGUUCUGUAUUCAUUGUGGUUCUCGCCGUACGUUAAAUCGAAAAUGCCGAUAAUCUGUACGAGAGCUGUAUUUGGUAUAAAAGUAACAUCGCGUGGACACUGUACUUUCGUCGCGGUCACCGAUCCUCGAGCGCGAUAAUUAAUCAACAAAUCAUAAUUUACAAAGUGAAUUUCAAAUCUGGUGAUAAAGAGAAUACAUAAAAAUAUGGGGAACUUGACAAUACAGAAAUCAAAAUUCGAGAAAAAAUAUAAGUUUUACUCGACGAGAGAGAGAGAGAGAGAGAGAGAGAGGAAUCAUUCGAUCAUUUUAAUCAUCGCGCUGCGUCUGUGAUCGCGAUUGAUCAGACUCGUAAAACGUUUUUGCGCAUUUUCUGCCGUACGGCAUCCUCGUUAAUCGCAUAAGAGCAACAUGUACGAUAAUAAAAACUCGAUAAUAAAUAUGUUUCCUAGUA